AUGGUGGAUGUCGGCGCCGAAAAGGAGGGCCUCAUACCUCUCUCGAUGAUAGGAGCUGCGGCUGCUGGCCCUGCGGGCAGCUGCUUUGACUGCGUUCGUGAAGGUGAAGAAGUCGAAGUCUGGGUAAGUCAUAUUUCCCAUCCAGAGGACCUGCGGCGCAGCAAGCUCGUGCUCUCCAUGGAGAGAGAGAAACCUUCGAAGCAAACUGGGCCAGUGGCCAAUGUCAGCCAAUUUCAGUCCAUGCUGGGGAAGGUCUGGUACAAUGGCACGGUCAGCCGACAGCGACCCUAUGGCAUCUUCGUGCAGAUCAAGGCGCCUGCAGGCGACGGAUUCAUUGAGGGCCUCGUCCACCGAACGGAGUGCACGAGCAAUGAGACCGUGGGUACCCAAGUGCAGGUGCGGGCUGUGCGCUUGGAUCCCGAGAAGAACCAUCUCUACCUCUCCAUGCGGCCUGCCUCUGCCAAAGGCGUCGAAGCCAGGCUCGCCGCCUUCAAGGACCUGGCGAAGGCUCGCCAGGUGCUCCCCGGCACCGUCUUUCGUCAAAGCGGGAAGUUUGGAGCCUUCGUGGAGGUUUCCCACCCCGACGGCACCAACGUCGUUGGCCUCGUCCCAUCUCAGGAGAAGGCUAUGCUAAGCCCAUGGACGUUUGGACUUUCAGCCGAAGUGAAGGGCCCGGAGCAGAGGAAGCUGUUCCUCCACGCUCGCUGGAGGACCUACACAUUGGCGCCCUGGCAGAGUUCGGGAAAGAGAGUUAGGGCCCGGAAAGAACAGCUGGAACUGUUCCGGCCAUGUCAGGAGCUGACAGGUGUGGUGAUACGGGUGCAGCCUGUGGUGCUCAUUGACGUGGGCCUCAAGAUCAGAGGCGUGCUGCCAGCUGGGAAGAUAAGCUCCCACAAUGAAGCGGACGAGGAUCGCGUGAACCUCGGCGAUCGGGUUCAGGUAUGGGUCAGCGAGAUCCGCUACAAGAGCAACAGGCGGGAUCGUCCGACGCUGAUCCUGGCGAUGGAGAAGAACAAGAUCUACAGCCUCUGGAACUCCGGGCCGGUCGCGAACUUGGAGGAUUUCCAGGGCCUCGAUGACCAGGAAUGGUAUACAGGCACCCUCACCCACAAGAUGCAGGCCGGAUGGUUCGUGAGUGUUCCCUCCCCUCUGGCAAGUGGGGAGCCGCUGAGCCGCCACGGCUUGGUCUACCUUCCGGAGUGCAAGGGUGAUGCUGAGAUCGGCUCGUCUGUGAAGGUUCGAGUUCUGGGUGUGGACUUGGAGAGGGGGCAUCUCCACCUCUCAAUGCGGACCUCCCCGCCGCUGAGGGGAACCGAGGCAAAGUUGGCGCUGUACCGAGACCUCACGGACCAUUGGCUGGAGGGUCGGGUGAAGAGCUUUGGGACCGGCGGAGCCUAUGGAGCCUCUGUGGAGGUUCGACACCCUGCUGCCGGGACGUUGGUUGGCAUUUUGCCGAAGGCGCAGAUGGAUCCAACGAAGCAGCUAGUCGUGGAUGGGAAGAUCCAGGUCCGAGUCUGGGAUGUCACGGACGACCGCCUGUUCCUCUCCAUGCAAGAGAAGGUGAAAGAAAUGCCGAAGGAGUUCCUGGCCUUGGUGGAGGACGAGCUCGGGAGCGCUUCAGCCGUGGAGCUCCUGGAAGAAGGUCAGAAGGUCGACGUUCGCGUGACAGACGCUGGGAAGGAGGGUUUGAAGCUUGCCCUGUGCACAUGA